AGGACUACCAGGAGGCAGGACAACUAAAGUUGAAAACUUGGUGUGCGCGAGACCAACCGAUUGCGACGACGAGGUCGAGGGUCGAGGGGGACGGACUGACGAGGACGAGUCGUUUAGUGCAUAAUGGUUGUGUCUUGAUGGAAAAGGACUUUAGUUCGAAUGUGGUGAAAUUCAGAGCUUCGCUGUUGCAAACAAGAAAACAUGCAGUAGCAACAGUAACGAAGCCUAAACUCUGCAACAAACACUUACGACCUUUGUAAUAUAGAUAUAGCUGCUUUUUCAACAGGCGAGUUUACGUUACAAACUCACAAUAAAUUUUACAAGUUAUUACCUACACCAAAUCACGGUCUUGUCUCUCGCACAUAAUAAUUUUUUCGAUAAAAUUUGAAACAUCGUCAUGGAAAAAGAUAAUAAUAUACAAUAUGAAGAAUCGGAGGAAAACAUUAUCAUCAACGAAGUGGAUGGUUUGCCAAAUGUGCAUCCCAACUUUAAAGAACUUGAAUUGAAUUGCACGAAAAAUGAAAACCGUCAGGAUGUAGCUUCACGAUCAUUGGAAGACUUAAUUAAUGACGAGGAUUUACCCACUUCCGUUAUUGUUACAAAUGUUGAUCCUCGUGUUUUCAAAUCAGACGAUCUCAAGGAAGACAUUGAGAAGUUGUUUAAUCAAUUUGGCCAAGAUGCUACGUUUCAGUACUUUAGGUCGUUUAGGAGAAUGCGUGUCAAUUACAGUUCUCCAAGUGCAGCAGCCCAGGCAAGGAUACAGCUUCAUCAGACUCGUUUUGGUGAAACUGAUAUCAAUUGUUACUUUGCCCAGCCUGUUACACCUAUUGACAUAGAAGACCAAUUCUUGCAACCACCCGCACCUCACAAACAGUUUUUGAUAUCUCCACCUGCGUCUCCUCCUCUUGGUUGGGAGCCUAGAGAAGAGAACGAACCUCUUGUAAAUCAUGAUUUGUUAGCUGCUAUCGCCAACUUGACUCCUGGAGAAAGUCACGAGCUCCAUCCAGGUAGUACUAACCAACCAGGCAUCGUCGUGCAUAUCUGUGAAAAUGUUAGCUCUGUGGAAAAAGCAGGUCGCAUCCCUCACACUCGCUGUCCAGACUAAUGAAACAAAAAUCAACGGUGGAUAUUCCUUUUUUCUAAUUGCUGUAAAUUUUUUUUUUUUCCCCAUUACAUCGUGCUUUGCGAGAUACAAUUUUUUGUACAUUGUGUCGCCACCGUCUUGAAUGGAAUUUUUUAAUACUUAUAUACAUUGAACCGGUAUCAGUAUAAAUAACGAAAAUCGUAACCAAAAAAUUCCAAGUAAAAAUAAAACUAUCAAACAGUAUGCGUUACAGCAGCUUACUCUAAAUAAAAAACGAACAAUUCAUCCAUCCAAAGGUUAGAAUAUGUUAAAAAAAUUUGACAGAUAGGCUUAAGUGUUACAAAAUUUUAAUAAUGUUAAAAACGUUUUUGCAUGCAGCCAGCAUUACUGGCCAGCAGCCUCUUGGUGUAAACUCUGAGUGAUGCAUGACGAAUUCUCGAGGUCGUUAAUAAAGUCCCAUGAUUCAAGUUUAAUCAAUUGGUAAAUCUAAAAUAAAUGUGAGUUUUGAAUUGUUCAAGCUUAUUUUUAUCAGUUGAAGUGAAUUGAAGGCAUUACGUUAAUUAAAAUUAAAGAAGUUUAAUAAAUGACGAGAGCAGUGUACAUUACAUCAAUUCAUCAGCUAUCAUUUGAGCCGUUGCACUAUUUAAUUGAUUAAAUCAAAGUUUAUACAGUAUUGUUUUGGCAUCAACGUUGCAUUAAACUUUAUCACUUUGGAAAAACUCGUAGCCAUUCAUGGCAUGUUUAUUUUCUCGUUAAAAAUCAAGUAUUUCACAGCAAUCUUUUAUCGAGAAAUAAUGGCUUUUUCAUUAGGAUAAAAGUUGGAAUACAAAAUGGCUGCCUAAAGGAUAGUUAAGACUACAAAUUGACACUUACAAAAUUACUUUGUAGUGGCAUAAUAUAUUACUUAUAGGAAUUGAAGCGAAGAUGAGUUAGCAAAUGGCUAAAAAAGUUCUGGAGCACAUUAUUGACCCUUUAUUUAAUUUGUUACUUGAUUUAGUGUGUUUCAAGCCAAAACGAAAACGUAGAGACUGUGUUGCUGCUGUACUCUGAAUUUUCGUAAAUUAAAUAAAAUAAAGAUUAUUUUAUGUACAUACUUUACGCCUAUACAGAUUAUAAACGAUCAUACGUCGACGGGCAUAGCUUAUAUAGAUUGAUAGCUGAAAAAAGAUAAAAACGAUCAAAUUCGAUAAACAUUUUAUUAAAUAGAACUAACUUGAUUAAAGUUGUUAUAUGUAAUGUGGUCGUUUUUCAAAUAUCAAUGAUUAAAAAUCUUUCAGUGUCUGAUCGUUCGUUAGUGUUGAAAAAAGUUAAAAUUUACCAACAUCGAUGUGCAUGUAUAUUAACAAAAAGUGUAUAUAUUUAUAAAUAGCCGUUCAUAAUUUUGGAAAUGUUAACUUUUUGUCAAUAUGACCCAUAUUUUUUUUUUUUUUUUUUCAAAUUUUUUUUUUUUUACGGUAAUUGUGAAUGCCAUUAACCCAGAAAAAUGUAUUUCACCGAAAUUGAUUGCUGUAUUACCAAAAAAGCUUAAAAAAUGUCUGACCGUCAAAUAUAUAAAAUUAUACAAAAUAACGCGUCAAAAAUAAGUAUAAUUCUGAGAUAUGGCAAUCAACCGCCACUAUGAAGCUUUUUGGCUACAGUAAUUACAUGUGAUAUCCACUUAAAAGUAUAGACUUGGAGAAAAAAAAAAGUUAUAAAAAAAGAUGUUGGCAGUAUAAUGAUAGGGUAUGGAUGUAUAUCAUUAUUUGUGAAUAUGUGUAUAUAUGUAAAUGUACGUAUUCGAAAAAAAUGCAUAAGAUUACAAAAGUAAGGAAAUAAAAGAAAACAAAUCUAUACUUUUCUCAUCUUUCCUUUUUACAACAUAGGGUACAGCGAUUUUUUAGCCCACCGUGCAGCUGAGUGCGAGAUUAACGUACUUGAUCUGGCACUGUAUUAAAAAAAAAUUAAGUGAGAAUUGUUUUUCAUUGAUCAGAUGAUUAUUUAAAAACAAAAAAUUGU